UUUCUCCAGAGUUUCAAACGCUGGUCACUUUUGUUAUUGGGCUACUUUUUUCAUUUUGUUAGGGUUUUCUUUUUUAGUGGGUUUGGGGUUGUGCUCUGUUUGGUUGCUGAGAAAAGGAAGUAAAGCUUUGGGAGUGACGUAAUGCAAUUAUUUGACUUAGUUUGGAGUGUGCUAUUCACUUGGAAAAAUGGAUAAUGUGAGGAUCGAGUUUUCUUCUCUUUUCCUUUAUUUUCUCCGCGACCAACGGUGGGCGGCUUACGGUAUAUUCAGUCAUUGUUGGAUCUAAAUGAGGUGGGGUUUAGAGGGUUCAUGCGGAUUGAUUCUAUCUGAAGCUCUGUUUGGUUCCUGAGAAAAUGCGGAAAAGGAAAGAAUGUAAAUUUUUUUAGUCUUAGAUUUUUCACUAUUUGUGAUCCGACAAGGCAAGAUUCCACUGAAUUGAGAGCAAUUCAACUAUUUGGUUAAGUUGGAAGGCAUGUAUAAAAACCAAUUGCAAGAGUUGGCUCAGAGAAGUUGCUUCAAUUUGCCAUCUUAUUCAUGCAUCCGGGAAGGACCAGAUCAUGCCCCAAGAUUUAAAGCAACUGUUAACUUCAAUGGAGAGACAUUUGAAAGCCCUAGCUUUUGCUCUACUCUGAGACAGGCAGAACAUGCUGCAGCUGAAGUUGCUCUGAACACACUUGCAAACAGAGGCCCUUCUAAAGCUCUGGCUGCCAGAGUUUUGGAUGAAACUGGAGUCUACAAGAAUUUGCUUCAAGAGACUGCCCACAGAGCUGGGUUGAACCUUCCAGUUUAUACCACUAUUCGAUCUGGACCAGGCCAUGUUCCUGUCUUCUCAUGCACGGUUGAGAUAGCAGGAAUGAGCUUUACGGGGGAAGCAGCUAAAACCAAGAAACAAGCUCAGAAGAAUGCAGCCAUGACUGCUUGGUCUGCCUUGAGAAAAUUGUCUCAACGGGGCUCACCUUCCUCUCCUUCAGUAGAGUCUGAAUGCAAUGAAGAACAGGAGCAGGUCAUUAUUGCUCGCGUUCUUGCAAGUUUAAGACCAAGUAAGUCGAACAACAAGCAAAAUGAUCGGCAACAUGGACAGCAGAGGUCUGGUUCCAUCUGCAGGGACUCAACUCCACAAACACCAAUCUCAUGUUCAAUGCAGUACCAAAGUAUGGUCGAUCCUAGUUUCUUCCCUGAAAUGGCCAUGUACCAAAUGUGGCAGCAAGAACAGUUAGCACAGCUGCAGAACCGUCUGUUGGCACUUCCCGUCCCACUGGCUCCUCAACCCAGUCCUCACUUUUUUCCAUUUAUGCAGUCUAUGUUCCGGCCAGAUCACUGUCUAUACUUUCCAACGGAGGUGCAACGACCCAUUACAAUGGGACCCAGAUUUUCAAUUGCUGCUUCUGGAUCAUCAUUCUAUCUCUCAAACCAUUUGGUUCCUGAACCAAUGAGGGGCAGGUCCAUGGUGACUAUUCAAGAGAUAGAGGAGAAAACUGAAGAACGAUCCGAGUUUUCUCCAUCUGAGGUUUCAGUUUCUCCUGCUCUUGGUGACAAUAAUACUGAAGCAAUAAACCAGGAACCAAUUCAGGAGGAUAACAAACAGAAUACUGAAGAGCUGGGAGGAAAGAUUGCAACCUCUGUUCAACUCGAAAGGAACCAACCUGGACAAUUUGAUUGGACCUCACGUAGGAGUGUGGAUUCCAGAUUAGGGCCCAUUGAGUUCCAGUUGCAAAGGCCACAUGGUUUUGACUCAUCUCAAUCUAACCCCAGACCCUAUCAUCCUCCAGGAUUGAGUUCCUACAGAAGUUCUAGACCACCUUCAACUGUGGCAGCUCCUGUGAUGACCAGAACUGUGGACCCUGUUUCUUCAGUAGGGCUUAGACCACAGAAUUUGGCUAAUCAGAUGCCUGCCCCACCAAGAAUGAGAACUGGGAUUCCUCCAUAUUCAUUCAGACCCAGGCCUGAAAGAAUGGACUUUGGAAGAGUGCCUCCUAGAGCCAUGGCACCUGCAGUUCAAAUCAGAACAGUAGUACCAGUUUGCUCUGCUCCACCUCCAAGAAAAAUUCCAAGUUCCAGCCAGGAGGGACUGCCACCCUACAGGGAGAACAAAAAUGCAGAAUAAGAAGACAUGCCAGCUAGCUCAGAUCUUGGUAAGCUUCAAAUAUGAUCCACAAGCAGCCUAUGAAAUACUAAAUGCAUCUUUGUUUCUUUUUAAGCUUUUGGUAGUAUCCAUGCUGAGGGACUAUGGCUACUAUGGCUGUGGCUCAGGAGCCGACGGCACUUAAAAUAAUUCCAUAUUCUAUAUAUAAUAAAAUGAAUGGUUCAUCAAUAUAUGUUUGAAAAUCUGAGUUAGACCGCUUCCGCCUAACUCAGAUUGAAUUGAGUUUCUACUUUAGAUAAAGAGGCUCAAACCUGUUAUGCCCUACUGUAAGAAAGUACAUUUUUGUAAAAUGUGUUAAAUUUAUAAAGGUGUUUAUUAUUAGUUUUA